AAUGUUAUGCCCACCCGUGCUUGUUAGCUUGUGUGAGUGAACGGCACAAAUUUGAAGACCUGACAUUAUUCUUUGAAGAAGCUUCAUUUUUCUGCAGCCUCCAACGUUUUUGCGUGCAAAGUGUUAGAAACCAGCGGAUUGAAUUGCGACGGAUUUCACCCGCAAUAGGAGCAAUUUCGCAGGAAAUUUUCUCCACCGCUUGUCGCAAACGCAAUGGCUGGCGGUACCGGCACGAAGGUGGUGCAAAUCACCAACAUUGCUCCGCAAGCUACCAAGGACCAGAUGCAAAGUCUGUUUGGGCACAUCGGAAAGAUCGACGAAAUUCGCCUCUAUCCGACAAUUCGGGAUGUGUCCUGCCCGGUAGUGUCACGUAUCUGUUAUGUCAAGUAUUUCGAAAGCAGCUGCGUUGCAGUGGCACAGCAUUUAACCAACACGGUCUUUAUCGAUCGUGCCCUGAUAGUCAUUCCCGUGCAAAGUGGAAUGAUUCCCGAUGAGUACAAGGCAUUGGAGAUGGCCGCUAAUGGAACGCUGGUUCCGGGAUUGCAUAAUAUAGACGCGCCGAGUAAACUACCACCGGAGGUAGUCAACCGGAUCGACGGAAUGGUACCUAAUCAGGUAGUCAAAACCAUCGAUCCGAAACUGGACGAGAAUAAUCUACCGGAGUAUCCUCCGCUGCCGGUCAACUUUGAUGCGAAAAAAAUUGAAGAAACCAGACGCACCAUUCUGGUGUUGGACAUUAAGUCCGACUGGCGGUUAGAAGAUCUAAUGGAUCAUUUCAAGUCUGCCGGCGAAAUUAAGUACGCCCGAUUUGCAGAGAACGACCGCUCCCGUUAUGCUUUGAUGGAAUUUUGCGAGCAGCGUAGUAUCAUUUCCGCUCUGAAGCUGCAGGGAUCUGAUUUUCGUGGGUACCGCCUCAAUGUACACCACUCGACGCAGCCGAUCGUAAAACCGGAAGCAAAAAGCAAUGAAGCUGCCCAGAAAGAAAUUGAGGAGGCAAUGUCGAUUGUCAAAGAAGCGCACAGCAUGAUUUCUGCUGCUAUCGAUCCGGUCAUAGGAAUGCUUGCAAAGGACAAAAGCUCAAGUCGACGCCGAUCGCGUUCCCAUUCACGCUCUAAGGAUCGUCGGUCUCGUUCCCGGUCCCGAAAGCGUUCCAAGUCACGCUCAAAGCGAUCUCGUUCACGGAAACGAUCGCAUAGUCGUUCGAAGCGUUCCCGUAGUCGUUCCAAGCACUCUCAUACAAAGCGCUCUACUUCGCGUAGCAAGCGUUCCCGCUCCCGAUCCAAACGUUCGCGAUCCCGUGACCGUCGCAAGCGCUCUCGUUCUAGAAAUCGCAGCCGCUCCCGAUCCCGCGAUCGUCGUCGUUCACGUUCUCGUUCCAACCGCAAGCGUUCUCGUUCACGCGAGCGACGUGAUCGCAGCCGCGAUCGCAAGAAGACCCAUCGCAACAAAGAGGAACGUCGACGUCGCUCGCGAUCUCGUUCUCGAAGCCGCAAACGGUCGUCGUCUCGUAGCCGAUCUAGCCGAACGAAGGAUUCAACGCGUUCGUCAAAGAAACGUAGUCGAUCGCCGGAUAAACGUUUGAAGAAAAUUUUGGAGGAAAGCGUAAGUCGUGAUUAUGACGCCGAAGAACGCAUUGGUGGGGGCGACGAUGAUGCUGGUGCUAGUGGUAACGGGAAUGGCGGCGGGAGCGAGAGUAGUUCCGUAAUGGUAACUGCAUCAAAAGGUUCCCCCCCUCCGCCACGCGAGAAAGCGACCAGCCCGACGGCGGAAACGGACAACAUGGACAUUUCCAAUUCGCCGUAGAAUAUGUCGGUAAGCGCCAGAAGUGUUUCUGAAAAUUAGAUCAUGAUUAAUUAUUACUAUAUGCUCUUGACGGAGGCAAACUGUAUUCUUCUACCGGUUUACAGUACGUAUAAAGUCGAUUGAUUGUAACUGCUUGAAAUGAAAUCAGAUGUGAGAAUAAAAGUCGGACACUUGCUAUGCUCGCA